AUGUCAGAUAACUCGGAUUACGUCUUUGUUUUCACAGCAUCUGAUGCUUCCUCCUCGGGAUAUCAAAACUCCUCCCAACCCAAUAGUUCUGUUCCCAGGGGCACUUAUGCAGCAACCAUGAAUUCAAACUUCCCUGAAAAUGAUAGCUACGGUCAGCCAUCAACCACCAACAACACAUUACCACCAAGUUAUGAAGAAGCUAUCGCCAACUCUGUAAAUCCUUCGACGUUCACCGUAACACCAGUGGCUCAAUCUGUAAGUGCAAGGCCACUUGAACGAAUAUUCGUUGUACCUAAUGAUUUGGAAGAAGAAGGCGCAUGUCUACUUACAAAAAACGACAAUAAUGGAUCAGAUGUAGAUAAAUCAAAAUUGUCUUUGAACGAUGGAAUGGAUCAUGGUGAAGGCGGUAGCUCAUAUAAUCGAGAAAUACCGUCUCAAACACUCGAUGAUGGUGCGACUUCCUUAGAUAUGAAUUCGCCGCCACCCAAAUAUACAAUAUCGGAUGCAGAAUUUCAGGUUUCAGAUAAUGGUGUUACCUCUUCUGAUCCAAAAUUGAACAGAGAAGCGGAAUCUCUGUAUAGAUUUUUCAUUGCUCAUAACGAUAAACCACAAAUGGCCAUAUCAAUUCAUGGUUACCACUCAGAGUGGGUGGAGGAAAGUUACACAUAUACAGAUGAAGGUGGAAAUACAAAAUGGGCAACCAGGUCAAAACAUAUUGAAGUCACGGAUUUCAAGUUUACUUAUGACUUAACAGAUUAUAUUUUACCUAAUGGAGAAAUACAUCUAACGGCCGACAAGAGUCCUGAACUGGACAUUAUGCAAUUAUUGAAAGAUUAUGUCGAGCAUAAAAAUAUCUUGAAGGAAAUUGAAAUGCGAAAGGUGGUGCUUUGGGAUUAUGAAUCGCUGACGAAAGCAGUUUCAUCAACGAUUCGAAGUCAGGGUUAUCGUAAUGAUAUUCGUAUAACUUAUCCGAUGCGUAACCAUGUAGUUGUCGUUCAAUCAGAUCACAAAUUUGCUAGGCUCACAAGAAAAUUCUGGUUUAAAUUUUUGUGUUUUAUCACGUGUCUAUGGAUCAUUUUGUUGCCAUUAUCAUGGUUAUAUAAGAAAUCGUACAAGAAUCAGUUGAGAAGUGAUUUUCAAAUGAAUAUUGGCCCAAGAGAUUGGUUCCAGCAAAAUGUUGGAAUGAUUGUAGCUAAUGUAAAGUGGCUCUAG